AUGAAGCUCACAAACCCCCACGAUGUGCCCGUGUAUACGAUUUCUGGGAGCGAUACCGCAAGGCCGCUUCCAGACUGGCUUGCCAGGAAAAGGAAGCGCAGCUUGAAGAAUGAUGCGGAAUACCAAAAUCGCGUGGAGUUGCUUCAAGAUUUCGAAUUCGAAGAGGCGAGCGCUUGCGUCCGAACCAGCGACGAUGGCGACUGGGUUAUGAGCACUGGAACGUAUAAACCACAAAUCCACACGCAUUAUUUGCCCCAUCUCUCCCUAUCCUUCGCUCGACACACCAGUUUCCUCAACUACACGUUCAUCCUUCUCUCGUCCGACUACUCGAAAUCUUUGCACCUACAAACCGACAGAAGCCUCGAAUUCCACACGCCUGGUGGAUGCCAUUACCGUACACGCCUCCCUCGAUACGGUCGCGAUCUGAAAUAUGACAAACACCUGGCUGAGGCUAUUAUUCCUGCAGUCGGCGUUAAUUCCGACGGCAGCGGAGAGGUAUACCGACUUAAUCUCGAGGUUGGAAGAUACAUGAAGCCAUACCAGGUGGACGUUGGUGGAGAUGACAUGACGACCUCUGGAGGCGGUGCCUUACAAGGAGGAAUCAAUACUGGAAGUGUGAACGUCGCUGCUAUUGCAGAAGACAGCCACAAUCUAAUGGCCUUUGGAACAUCAAUAGGGACAGUGGAGUUUUGGGAUUCGAGGUCAAAGUCGAAGAUCGGUAUGCUGUCAGGCCAUCAAGGUGGUGUCACUGCUCUCGAUUUCGCUAGGUCUGGGCUAUCCUUGGCUACAGGAACCUCUGAGGGUAUUGUCCAGAUUUUCGACCUGCGGAAGUCGGUGCCGUUGUUGAGAAAGGAUCAAGGAUACGGCUACGCUAUUCAAACCCUCAUGCACCUCACAACAUCGUCCCAGGAAAAGAAGAUUCUUUCGGCCGACAAACGUAUCAUCAAGCUUUGGGAUGAAGCAGACGGCACACCGUGGACGUCUGUCGAGCCGGCUGUUGAUAUCAACUGUGUCGCGCAUUGCAAAGAUAGCGGUAUGCUAUUGACGGCAAACGAAGGCAAGCAACAACAUUCGUUCUUCAUCCCACAACUCGGCCCGGCGCCAAAGUGGUGCGGAUUUCUGGAUAACAUGGUUGAAGAGAUGGUCGAAGAGGAGACCGCCGAGACCUACGACAACUACAAGUUCUUGACAUUACCGGAAUUGAAACAACUCAACAUGGGCCACCUUGUUGGUACCACCAGCCUCUUACGACCAUAUAUGCACGGUUACUUCGUUGCCUCGAAGCUCUACGAGCAGGCCCGUCUUAUCGCGAACCCAUACGUAUGGGAAGAGGAGCGAACCAAGAAGAUCAAGGAGAAGGUUGAGAAGGAGCGUGAGAGCAGAAUCAGAGGCACCAAGAAGGUCAAGGUCAACCAGAACCUCGUGGAUAAGAUACUCAAGAGACAGGAGAGGAGAGAGAAGGUCGACGAGGACAGGGGUGUCUUGGGCGACGAUCGCUUUGGCAAGCUGUUCGAGGACGAAGAGUUCGCUGUCGACGAGAAGAGCAGAGAGUUCCAGAUGCUCAACCCCAGUACCAAGGUUGGAGACGGAGCGCCCAGGCCUCGCGGAACCAAGGAGAACAGCAGCGACGAGAGUGAAGGCGAGAGCGAAGAUGGGAUCGCGCCCAAGCCGAAGCCUGAGAUGCGCAUUUCUUCAUCCUCGUACAAGAAGUCCGGGCAUCAAAAGAGGGACACUGCUUUGGGGUCCAGGGCGCAACCAAGUGGCCGCGCUGAUAGGAAACGGGGCGAUGUGGUCGGGGAGAGACAAAUCACGUUUGCACCAACUGUCAAGACGAAGGAGAGGGAAGCGAAGCCGGAACAACCUAAGCAAGGCAAACGAGACAACAGGCGAAGUGCAAGUGGAAAUGUAUUCCGACAACUAUAA